AUGACUUCACGUCGGGGAGUAUUUUUCAGUUCAAAAUCACGCUCAGCUGAUUCAAAUCUAAUUGCCGAUGGUAAAAAUCGAUCGCCACCCAAAACUGAAUCAUCAACAUCAACAUCAACUAUAAUUCAAAAUGUAGAUCAAACUAGUAGCAGUAGUAAUAGUCAAACUUCGCCACCAAAAUUAGAAACUGUUGCGACGGGAAUUGUUAAGAAAAAAUUAAUAUUAAAAGGCAAAAAACGAACUUUAGCAAAAACAAUUUACUCUGGGCCAAGAAAAAUCUUUAGUACAAGUUAUAAAGCUAAUCGAGCACAAUUAAAUCAUAAAGCAUUUUUUGGUAGUGAAACGAAUGAAUAUGAUUUAGACAAAAGUGAAAAAUCAUGCACAGAUUUUUGCUCAUCACAACCAGUUGUCGAGCAACGACCGAUAUCCAAAGCGUCAUUAGGUAUUAAAUCGAGAAGUUCAGAUAAUAUUCGUGCAAUAGCAACAACAAUUAUUGAAAAUGGAAAGACAAAACUCGUUUGUCCACGAGGUCAAAAGAAGAUGUAUACAAUAGUGCCAAAUAUACGACAACCGACGACAUGCGAAGAAUUAGGAGAAACUCAGAGUUAUAUUGAUGAUAUGGAAUAUCUUCUUGCUGGAUUUCAAAGUGAUAAACUGCUCAGUAGUCGAUGUCUCAGUGCUGUGAAAUUCGCGGAAUUAUGUGUUAAACCAUCAUUUCGAAUGCAUCUACGAACUGAAAGUGCACUUGAUCGUGUUCUGGAUUUACUAAAAGAUGCACCAGAACUACCAAGUUUAAAUUUAUGUACAGCUUUUAUUUUAUAUGUCCUAUCAUCAGAUACAUUAACAUCUGGAAUAAGCUUAAGUACAGUACGUUUAAUGAUUGAACUAGUCAGUAAAAGUCCACAGAAAAACUCCAUUGAUGAUGACGAAUAUAAAAAAAUGCAACAACGGAUAUUAUCAAUUAUUCAUCAAUCACUACAAGAUGACAUUUUCUAUAAACAACGAUUUAAUGUAUGA